CUUCCCAUUCAAAACAAAAAAGCCAGGAAAUAAAAUCCCUCCAAUAGGACUCCCGAAUGGAGGCAAAAAUUGCAUACAGAUUUUAAUUGUAAAUCAUUUUGGACGCUUCUUGGAAAGAUAAACAUGAGUUUGGGAGAGAAGAGGCCACUUUGAACAAGGCAUGAUGGGAAAUGUAGUUCUUUCCCUCAGCAGGAAGUAAACAAGGAAAGAGCCAGACGCAUUUCGGGCAAUGGAGGCAGAGCCCUGAUUGGUGCCUUGCAGUGGAUGCUUGGGAGUUGUAGUCCUGGGAUAUUUAUUUACAAGGCUGGAAGGGAAGCAUGUCAUUCAAGAGGGAAGGAGACGACCAUAGCCAGCUCAACGUGCUCAAGAAAAGAAGAGUUGCAGACCUUUUGGCCAACUAUAUCCCGGAAGACGAAGCCUUACUCCUGAGAGAUGGAAGGUACAGCUGCAGCGUCUGCUUCCACAGACCAGUCUUUGACACUCUCGACAUGCUCACGGUCCACCGUUCCGGGAAGAAGCACCUGCUCAGUUUGCAGAAGUUUUACGGGAAGAAACGUUCCCUUGAGAACGAAAUUGAGAAGCGCCAGCAUGAAGCCUACCUCCAAGCGGAAGCAUCCGGAUCACAGGCCAUGCCGGGCCCUGCGCCGUUACUUGCAUCGACCAGGAAAAUCACCCAAAAUGCUUUAUUGAAAGCCACCCCUUAUAACAGUUGCUGUCGGCGGAUGAGGGAGACCGUGAGUGAGCCAAGCCCAAGUAACUUGAGGAUCCAUAUGUUAUUGCAACAUGCAGAGGAAGAAAAUGGGUUCAAAUCCGGGAACUCUGUGGAAACAAAGGCAGAAAACAUACCCACUGUCACAGAAACCACACAAACUGUGCACCUUCCAGGAUCCGGUUCAUUGAAAGAUUUUCAUUUAGAGAAGGACAGUCAUAGAAACAAGGAAUCUUCUCCCAAAGGCAGCGAACUCACUCCGGAAAAGCGGAGAAUCCUGGAACAUUAUCUGAAGCUAAAAAGCUCUGGUUGGGUCCAAGAUGGAGCUGGGAAAUGGGUCAAAGACGAGAAUGCCGAGUUUGACUCGGACGAAGAGGAGCCUCCACCGCUGGCGCCGUUGUGACCGCUUCGCCCUGGGCACGUUCCCCAACAAAAGGUUUUAUUACCGACGACAGACAGUUGAUAAAAGAAAUACAAAAAAGGGUAA